AUGGCAACCUCCACCUCCCAGGUUCAAGCAAUUCUCCUGCCUCAGCCUCCCAAUAUGCUUAAACUGAUGACUGUCAAUCCAUUUGAGAUAUUUGCAGCCGCAAAGAAAGCAGUUUGCUUCUACAAACUAGGAGAAAUGAAGUCAGGAGCUCUAUCUACUGAAAUUAUUUUCAACCUUUCCCCAAAUAGCAAUAUUUCAGAGGCAUUGAAAAAAUGUGGUAUCUCAGCCAAUGACCCUUUAAUUCUAAUUGUUUAUACUAACAAGGGAGCAAAACAAAUAAAUCAAGGAUAUCUAAUGCCUCAAGUAGAAGGCCAGCAGGUUUCUCUGAAAAAUCUUCCUGAAAUAAUAAAUAUCACAAAAGUCGAAAAGAAACAUAAAUUCCCUCCACAAGAAGAAAAUAUUGGGAACAUUGUGGGAUGGUAUUUGUAG